UUAGAACAAGAGUCAGUGUCAAAUCUUGAGAGAGAAAGUGACAGAGAGAGAGAGAGAGAGAGAGAGAGAGAGGAUGCGUUCUCUUCUUCCUCUCUUUGUUCUUCUUCUUCUUCUGCUCUGUGCCUCUGUGAUCGUUCAGUCCGCCACCGAUCCUAAAGAUGUUCAAGCACUUGGGGUUUUCUAUAGCUCUUUGAAUAGCCCAACUCAGCUUUCUCGAUGGACCUCGGACGGCGGCGAUCCUUGCGGAGAAUCUUGGAAGGGGAUUACUUGUUCUGGUUCAGCUGUGACUUCAAUACAACUUCCCGGAUUUGGGCUUAAUGGCACUCUUGGUUACACUCUCUCAGAUUUGUUGUCCUUGAGAACAUUGGAUUUGAGCAAUAAUAACAUACACGAAACCAUUCCGUAUCAGCUGCCGCCGAAUCUUACCAACUUGAAUCUUUCUAACAAUAACCUCACAGGGAAUCUUCCUUUUUCUAUAUCUUCCAUGAUUUCUCUUGUUUAUCUCAAUGCCAGCCACAACCAAUUGUCUGAAGAAAUUGGAGAUCAUUUUGGAAAUCUGCAGAAUUUGUCGGAUUUGUAAGUGUCUUUCAACAACCUUACUGGGGAUCUUCCUAGUUCAAUUGGCUCCUUGGCAAACCUUUCAAGCCUUUAUUUAGAAGACAAUCAAUUAACCGGCCAAGUAGAUAUUCUCACCAGCCUUGAUUUAACCAAUUUAAAUAUUGCAAAUAACCAUUUUAGUGGCUGGAUCCCUCAGGAGUUCAGAGCUAUUCCAGACCUUUCAGUUGGAGGUAAUUCAUUUGCAAAUGGUCCUGCUCCACCUCCGCCUCCUUAUGCCCCUCCUCCUCCUAGAAGGCCACAUAAUAAUCAUAAUCAUAGUAAUCUGCCUCUGGAAACUCCAGAAGGUUCUAAAGGACAGGACUUAAACCAGAAUCAUGGAAAAAAUAAGAAAGUCUUGACGGGUGGUCAGAUUGCAGGUAUAGUUACAGGCUCAAUUAUUGGUGGUGGUUUAUGUGUGGCACUUGCUGUUGCAUUUUGUCUUCGGAAACUUGGCAGAGGUACAAGGAUAACCAAAGGUAGAUCUGGAGACAUCAUGAUGUCUCCUAUCGUAGCCAAUUCAGUUACAACUAAAGAGGUGCCGGACCAAUAUCUUAGAAGUGCUCCGGUGACAAAUCUGAAGCCUCCACCUGUAGAGAAAACGACAAUAGAGAGGGCAUCUGGAAAAAAUGGGUCUUUAAAAAUGCCGAAGCUUCCAACUACUGCAACUGCUUACACUGUUGCAGCUCUUCAAACUGCUACAAACAGCUUUAGUCAAGAAUCCCUUGUUGGUGAAGGUUCACUUGGCCGGGUAUAUAGAGCAGAGUUUUCAAAUGGGAAGGUUUUGGCUGUGAAAAAGGUAGAUAGUGCAGCCUUAUCUCUACAAGAGGAAGAUAAUUUUCUUGAGACUGUCUCAAAUAUGUCUCGACUUAGGCACCCAAAUAUCACAACUCUGGCAGGCUACUGUGUGGAGCAUGGACAGUGCCUUUUAGUUUAUGAAUACAUUGGAAAUGGAACAUUGCAUGACAUUUUGCACUAUUCUGGUGAUAGCAGUGCUCUAAGUUGGAAUGCACGUGUGAGAGUAGCACUUGGCACUGCCCGGGCUUUAGAGUAUCUUCAUGAAGUUUGUUUGCCUUCUGUUGUACAUAGAAAUUUCAAAUCAGCAAAUAUUCUACUCGAUGAAGAGUUUAAUCCUCACUUAUCAGACUGUGGACUUGCUGCAUUGGCACCCAAUACUGAAAGACAGAUCUCCACCGAGAUGGUUGGCUCGUUUGGUUAUAGUGCUCCUGAAUUUGCCAUGUCCGGUGCUUACACUGUGAAGAGUGAUGUGUACAGCUUUGGAGUAGUGAUGUUAGAGCUAUUAACUGGUCGCAAACCACUUGACAGUUCUAGGCCAAGAUCAGAACUCUCACUUGUCAUAUGGGCUACUCCCCAACUACAUGACAUCGAUGCAUUGGCAAAAAUGGUUGAUCCUGCAUUGAAUGGAAUGUAUCCUGCAAAAUCACUGUCACGAUUUGCUGACAUCAUUGCCCUAUGUAUUCAGCCGGAGCCAGAGUUCCGUCCACCAAUGUCUGAAGUAGUACAAUCGUUAGUUCGUUUAAUGCAGAGAGCAAGUGUAGUCCGAAGGCGAUCUGCAGAGGAUUUGGGAAUUUCUUAUAGGACAUCAGAGCAUGAAGUAAAUACAGAUUUGUCCUUUUAAAGAGUUUUAACUCCUCAUCACCUGUUUUGUAGGGUCAAAACUAUAUAAUCAUGAAGCAAUAGAUACCCUGGUGUCCAUACAGAAUCCAAUUGAGGAGUCGGUGCGUUUAUUUGUAUAUGUUGUAGAGAAAUAAAUAAGUCGAACUGGCAAUCGAAAGGAAGUAACAUCCAGCAAAGUUUGAUUUU